UGCUGCGUUCUCGAAAAUGAGAAAAAUCUCCGGCUUUUUGGUCUCAUACCUUCUACUUUACAGCUUGAUACGAGUAUGUAUUGAAUUUGGUUCAUACAGCCAGAUGAUUCAUAACUGCCCCAAUAAUUAAAAGGAUUGACUUUUUUCUUAUAUAUUGCAGUUCCUGAAACGAGCAUGUCAUCAUCAGAGGCCUCAGGUUCUCUCCCUGAUGAUGUAGCAUGUUUGACAUCAGAAACAGGAAAUUCGAAGCCAGUAACCAAUAAAGAGAAAGGUAGGCAUACUAAAUGAUAGUGUUGUUUAUAGUAAAUCAGUUAAUCUGUAUACAUGAUAGUGUACUCUUGAUUUAUGUAUGUUUCAGUUAAGUGGACAAGGAAUGCUGUUCUAGCAUUAAUCACAUCUUGGAAGGCUAAUCAGCCAAACUUUCAAAGCACUAUUAUAAGGAAUGAUGUAGUAUGGGAUAUGAUCGCCCAAGACAUCAAAGAAACAGGAUUUAAAGUAACUGCCACUCAGACUGAAAACAAGUGGAAAAACAUAAGGAAAGCGUACAUGAGUGUUAAAGACCAUAACUCUAGGUCUGGAAAUGCUCCAAAGACAUGUAAAUUCUAUGAUGAGUUAGGUGAAAUAUUUUCUAAAUCACCAAGUGUCGUACCUGUUGCUCUUGCUUCUUCAAGAACAAAAAGAGCAUCUUCUACAUCUGUAGAAAAUCUUUAUAAUAGUGAUGAUGAGAUAUCUGAAGAAAUGGAGACUGAUAAAACAGAGAAGAUAAGUAAACAAGCAAAGAAGAGCAAACUGAAUAGAGAAUUAGAAGCUUGGUCUAAGACUCUUCGUGAAGAUGCGGAGAAAAGGGAAUUAGCAAGAGAAAAACGACAUGAGGCAAUGAUCGCAGAAUAAAGGAAUUACAGCGUUUACUGAUAUCAUGAAUAAGUUACUAGAAAAGCUAUGAAUCAGUUACACCACUUUUUUAUGAGCAAUUAGUUGAAGUAUAUUGGGAAAUAUAUUGAUAUGUGAUCUCUCUUAUGUUUUCACAUAAACAGUAUGAGGAACCAUUUUCCAAAAGAGGCACAAUUUAAUAAAUUGUGACAUUAAAAUCUGUACCUACCUAAUAAUUAAGAGAGAGCACAUAUGACACAUUUCCAAUACAUAUUAGCAAACUGCUUAUAAACAAGUAGUGUAAUUAUAACUUUGUACCUUGUAUACUCGCAGUCAUUGAUAUCUUACCACAAGAAAGACAGAUACAAAAUCCGACAUUCAAUAGAAAAAUUUAUUUUAUUAAAAGAAAUUCUUUAUUGGAUAUCGAACUCUGCAUCUAUCCUCCAUUAUGGUAAGGCAUCAAUGAUCGUGAGUGUACUUAGCUGCCAGUGCCAAUUUAUUUUUGACAAUGUACAUUUUGUACCUGAUAUAUGUAAGUAUCAUUAACCAAAGAAAAUUUUAAUAUAUAUUAGUAUUAGUAUUAUGUUUUGUUUCCUGUUUAGAUAUAUUCUAACAAUAUCUGUGAUUUAGAAGAUUUUCUACAAUCUAUUCAGUUUUUCUAUUUAGCGUUUAAAAAAUGUAUUGGUUAAUUUUGUUCUUUAAUUUUUUUAAUGCAGUA